AUGGGGUUUGAAGGGGUGGAGUUCAUUUUUGAGGCGACUCAAAAAUCGAGGAGAAUGGGGUUUGAAGGGGUGGAGUUCAUUUUUGAGGCGACUCAAAAAUCGAGGAGAAUGGGGUUUGAAGGGGUGGAGUUCAUUUUUGAGUCGACUCAAAAAUCGAGGAGAAUGGGGUUUGAAGGGGUGGAGUUCAUUUUUGAGGCGACUCAAAAAUCGAGGAGAAUGGGGUUUGAAGGGGUGGAGUUCAUUUUUGAGGCGACUCAAAAAUCGAGGAGAAUGGGGUUUGAAGGGGUGGAGUUCAUUUUUGAGGCGACUCAAAAAUCGAGGAGAAUGGGGUUUGAAGGGGUGGAGUUCAUUUUUGAGGCGACUCAAAAAUCGAGGAGAAUGGGGUUUGAAGGGGUGGAGUUCAUUUUUGAGGCGACUCAAAAAUCGAGGAGAAUGGGGUUUGAAGGGGUGGAGUUCAUUUUUGAGGCGACUCAAAAAUCGAGGAGAAUGGGGUUUGAAGGGGUGGAGUUCAUUUUUGAGGCGACUCAAAAAUCGAGGAGAAUGGGGUUUGAAGGGGUGGAGUUCAUUUUUGAGGCGACUCAAAAAUCGAGGAGAAUGGGGUUCGAAGGGGUGGAGUUCAUUUUUGAGGCGACUCAAAAAUCGAGGAGAAUGGGGUUUGAAGGGGUGGAGUUCAUUUUUGAGGCGACUCAAAAUCGAGGAGAAUGGGGUUUGAAGGGGUGGAGUUCAUUUUUGAGGUCGACUCAAAAAUCGAGGAGAAUGGGGUUUGAAGGGGUGGAGUUCAUUUUUGAGGCGACUCAAAAAUCGAGGAGAAUGGGGUUUGAAGGGGUGGAGUUCAUUUUUGAGGCGACUCAAAAAUCGAGGAGAAUGGGGUUUGAAGGGGUGGAGUUCAUUUUUGAGGCGACUCAAAAUCGAGGAGAAUGGGGUUUGAAGGGGGGUGGAGUUCAUUUUGAGGCGACUCAAAAAUCGAGGAGAAUGGGGUUUGAAGGGGUGGAGUUCAUUUUUGAGGCGACUCAAAAAUCGAGGAGAAUGGGGUUUGAAGGGGUGGAGUUCAUUUUUGAGGCGACUCAAAAAUCGAGGAGAAUGGGGUUUGAAGGGGUGGAGUUCAUUUUUGAGGCGACUCAAAAAUCGAGGAGAAUGGGGUUUGAAGGGGUGGAGUUCAUUUUUGAGGCGACUCAAAAAUCGAGGAGAAUGGGGUUUGAAGGGGUGGAGUUCAUUUUUGAGGCGACUCAAAAAUCGAGGAGAAUGGGGUUUGAAGGGGUGGAGUUCAUUUUUGAGGCGACUCAAAAAUCGAGGAGAAUGGGGUUUGAAGGGGUGGAGUUCAUUUUUGAGGCGACUCAAAAAUCGAGGAGAAUGGGGUUCGAAGGGGUGGAGUUCAUUUUUGAGGCGACUAAAAAAUCGAGGAGAAUGGGGUUUGAAGGGGUGGAGUUCAUUUUUGAGGCGACUCAAAAAUCGAGGAGAAUGGGGUUUGAAGGGGUGGAGUUCAUUUUUGAGGCGACUCAAAAAUCGAGGAGAAUGGGGUUUGAAGGGGUGGAGUUCAUUUUUGAGGCGACUCAAAAAUCGAGGAGAAUGGGGUUUGAAGGGGUGGAGUUCAUUUUUGAGGCGACUCAAAAAUCGAGGAGAAUGGGGUUUGAAGGGGUGGAGUUCAUUUUUGAGGCGACUCAAAAAUCGAGGAGAAUGGGGUUUGAAGGGGUGGAGUUCAUUUUUGAGGCGACUCAAAAAUCGAGGAGAAUGGGGUUUGAAGGGGUGGAGUUCAUUUUUGAGGCGACUCAAAAAUCGAGGAGAAUGGGGUUUGAAGGGGUGGAGUUCAUUUUUGAGGCGACUCAAAAAUCGAGGAGAAUGGGGUUUGAAGGGGUGGAGUUCAUUUUUGAGGCGACUCAAAAAUCGAGGAGAAUGGGGUUUGAAGGGGUGGAGUUCAUUUUUGAGGCGACUCAAAAAUCGAGGAGAAUGGGGUUUGAAGGGGUGGAGUUCAUUUUUGAGGCGACUCAAAAAUCGAGGAGAAUGGGGUUUGAAGGGGUGGAGUUCAUUUUUGAGGCGACUCAAAAAUCGAGGAGAAUGGGGUUUGAAGGGGUGGAGUUCAUUUUUGAGGCGACUCAAAAAUCGAGGAGAAUGGGGUUUGAAGGGGUGGAGUUCAUUUUUGAGGCGACUCAAAAAUCGAGGAGAAUGGGGUUUGAAGGGGUGGAGUUCAUUUUUGAGGCGACUCAAAAAUCGAGGAGAAUGGGGUUUGAAGGGGUGGAGUUCAUUUUUGAGGCGACUCAAAAAUCGAGGAGAAUGGGGUUUGAAGGGGUGGAGUUCAUUUUUGAGGCGACUCAAAAAUCGAGGAGAAUGGGGUUUGAAGGGGUGGAGUUCAUUUUUGAGGCGACUCAAAAAUCGAGGAGAAUGGGGUUUGAAGGGGUGGAGUUCAUUUUUGAGGCGACUCAAAAAUCGAGGAGAAUGGGGUUUGAAGGGGUGGAGUUCAUUUUUGAGGCGACUCAAAAAUCGAGGAGAAUGGGGUUUGAAGGGGUGGAGUUCAUUUUUGAGGCGACUCAAAAAUCGAGGAGAAUGGGGUUUGAAGGGGUGGAGUUCAUUUUUGAGGCGACUCAAAAAUCGAGGAGAAUGGGGUUUGAAGGGGUGGAGUUCAUUUUUGAGGCGACUCAAAAAUCGAGGAGAAUGGGGUUUGAAGGGGUGGAGUUCAUUUUUGAGGCGACUCAAAAAUCGAGGAGAAUGGGGUUUGAAGGGGUGGAGUUCAUUUUUGAGGCGACUCAAAAAUCGAGGAGAAUGGGGUUUGAAGGGGUGGAGUUCAUUUUUGAGGCGACUCAAAAAUCGAGGAGAAUGGGGUUUGAAGGGGUGGAGUUCAUUUUUGAGGCGACUCAAAAAUCGAGGAGAAUGGGGUUUGAAGGGGUGGAGUUCAUUUUUGAGGCGACUCAAAAAUCGAGGAGAAUGGGGUUUGAAGGGGUGGAGUUCAUUUUUGAGGCGACUCAAAAAUCGAGGAGAAUGGGGUUUGAAGGGGUGGAGUUCAUUUUUGAGGCGACUCAAAAAUCGAGGAGAAUGGGGUUUCGAAGGGGGGUGGAGUUCAUUUUUGAGGCGACUCAAAAAUCGAGGAGAAUGGGGUUUGAAGGGGUGGAGUUCAUUUUUGAGGCGACUCAAAAAUCGAGGAGAAUGGGGUUUGAAGGGGUGGAGUUCAUUUUUGAGGCGACUCAAAAAUCGAGGAGAAUGGGGUUUGAAGGGGUGGAGUUCAUUUUUGAGGCGACUCAAAAAUCGAGGAGAAUGGGGUUUGAAGGGGUGGAGUUCAUUUUUGAGGCGACUCAAAAAUCGAGGAGAAUGGGGUUUGAAGGGGUGGAGUUCAUUUUUGAGGCGACUCAAAAAUCGAGGAGAAUGGGGUUUGAAGGGGUGGAGUUCAUUUUUGAGGCGACUCAAAAAUCGAGGAGAAUGGGGUUUGAAGGGGUGGAGUUCAUUUUUGAGGCGACUCAAAAAUCGAGGAGAAUGGGGUUUGAAGGGGUGGAGUUCAUUUUUGAGGCGACUCAAAAAUCGAGGAGAAUGGGGUUUGAAGGGGUGGAGUUCAUUUUUGAGGCGACUCAAAAAUCGAGGAGAAUGGGGUUUGAAGGGGUGGAGUUCAUUUUUGAGGCGACUCAAAAAUCGAGGAGAAUGGGGUUUGAAGGGGUGGAGUUCAUUUUUGAGGCGACUCAAAAAUCGAGGAGAAUGGGGUUUGAAGGGGUGGAGUUCAUUUUUGAGGCGACUCAAAAAUCGAGGAGAAUGGGGUUUGAAGGGGUGGAGUUCAUUUUUGAGGCGACUCAAAAAUCGAGGAGAAUGGGGUUUGAAGGGGUGGAGUUCAUUUUUGAGGCGACUCAAAAAUCGAGGAGAAUGGGGUUUGAAGGGGUGGAGUUCAUUUUUGAGGCGACUCAAAAAUCGAGGAGAAUGGGGUUUGAAGGGGUGGAGUUCAUUUUUGAGGCGACUCAAAAAUCGAGGAGAAUGGGGUUUGAAGGGGUGGAGUUCAUUUUUGAGGCGACUCAAAAAUCGAGGAGAAUGGGGUUUGAAGGGGUGGAGUUCAUUUUUGAGGCGACUCAAAAAUCGAGGAGAAUGGGGUUUGAAGGGGUGGAGUUCAUUUUUGAGGCGACUCAAAAAUCGAGGAGAAUGGGGUUUGAAGGGGUGGAGUUCAUUUUUGAGGCGACUCAAAAAUCGAGGAGAAUGGGGUUUGAAGGGGUGGAGUUCAUUUUUGAGGCGACUCAAAAAUCGAGGAGAAUGGGGUUUGAAGGGGUGGAGUUCAUUUUUGAGGCGACUCAAAAAUCGAGGAGAAUGGGGUUUGAAGGGGUGGAGUUCAUUUUUGAGGCGACUCAAAAAUCGAGGAGAAUGGGGUUUGAAGGGGUGGAGUUCAUUUUUGAGGCGACUCAAAAAUCGAGGAGAAUGGGGUUUGAAGGGGUGGAGUUCAUUUUUGAGGCGACUCAAAAAUCGAGGAGAAUGGGGUUUGAAGGGGUGGAGUUCAUUUUUGAGGCGACUCAAAAAUCGAGGAGAAUGGGGUUUGAAGGGGUGGAGUUCAUUUUUGAGGCGACUCAAAAAUCGAGGAGAAUGGGGUUUGAAGGGGUGGAGUUCAUUUUUGAGGCGACUCAAAAAUCGAGGAGAAUGGGGUUUGAAGGGGUGGAGUUCAUUUUUGAGGCGACUCAAAAAUCGAGGAGAAUGGGGUUUGAAGGGGUGGAGUUCAUUUUUGAGGCGACUCAAAAAUCGAGGAGAAUGGGGUUUGAAGGGGUGGAGUUCAUUUUUGAGGCGACUCAAAAAUCGAGGAGAAUGGGGUUUGAAGGGGUGGAGUUCAUUUUUGAGGCGACUCAAAAAUCGAGGAGAAUGGGGUUUGAAGGGGUGGAGUUCAUUUUUGAGGCGACUCAAAAAUCGAGGAGAAUGGGGUUUGAAGGGGUGGAGUUCAUUUUUGAGGCGACUCAAAAAUCGAGGAGAAUGGGGUUUGAAGGGGUGGAGUUCAUUUUUGAGGCGACUCAAAAAUCGAGGAGAAUGGGGUUUGAAGGGGUGGAGUUCAUUUUUGAGGCGACUCAAAAAUCGAGGAGAAUGGGGUUUGAAGGGGUGGAGUUCAUUUUUGAGGCGACUCAAAAAUCGAGGAGAAUGGGGUUUGAAGGGGUGGAGUUCAUUUUUGAGGCGACUCAAAAAUCGAGGAGAAUGGGGUUUGAAGGGGUGGAGUUCAUUUUUGAGGCGACUCAAAAAUCGAGGAGAAUGGGGUUUGAAGGGGUGGAGUUCAUUUUUGAGGCGACUCAAAAAUCGAGGAGAAUGGGGUUUGAAGGGGUGGAGUUCAUUUUUGAGGCGACUCAAAAAUCGAGGAGAAUGGGGUUUGAAGGGGUGGAGUUCAUUUUUGAGGCGACUCAAAAAUCGAGGAGAAUGGGGUUUGAAGGGGUGGAGUUCAUUUUUGAGGCGACUCAAAAAUCGAGGAGAAUGGGGUUUGAAGGGGUGGAGUUCAUUUUUGAGGCGACUCAAAAAUCGAGGAGAAUGGGGUUUGAAGGGGUGGAGUUCAUUUUUGAGGCGACUCAAAAAUCGAGGAGAAUGGGGUUUGAAGGGGUGGAGUUCAUUUUUGAGGCGACUCAAAAAUCGAGGAGAAUGGGGUUUGAAGGGGUGGAGUUCAUUUUUGAGGCGACUCAAAAAUCGAGGAGAAUGGGGUUUGAAGGGGUGGAGUUCAUUUUUGAGGCGACUCAAAAAUCGAGGAGAAUGGGGUUUGAAGGGGUGGAGUUCAUUUUUGAGGCGACUCAAAAAUCGAGGAGAAUGGGGUUUGAAGGGGUGGAGUUCAUUUUUGAGGCGACUCAAAAAUCGAGGAGAAUGGGGUUUGAAGGGGUGGAGUUCAUUUUUGAGGCGACUCAAAAAUCGAGGAGAAUGGGGUUUGAAGGGGUGGAGUUCAUUUUUGAGGCGACUCAAAAAUCGAGGAGAAUGGGGUUUGAAGGGGUGGAGUUCAUUUUUGAGGCGACUCAAAAAUCGAGGAGAAUGGGGUUUGAAGGGGUGGAGUUCAUUUUUGAGGCGACUCAAAAAUCGAGGAGAAUGGGGUUUGAAGGGGUGGAGUUCAUUUUUGAGGCGACUCAAAAAUCGAGGAGAAUGGGGUUUGAAGGGGUGGAGUUCAUUUUUGAGGCGACUCAAAAAUCGAGGAGAAUGGGGUUUGAAGGGGUGGAGUUCAUUUUUGAGGCGACUCAAAAAUCGAGGAGAAUGGGGUUUGAAGGGGUGGAGUUCAUUUUUGAGGCGACUCAAAAAUCGAGGAGAAUGGGGUUUGAAGGGGUGGAGUUCAUUUUUGAGGCGACUCAAAAAUCGAGGAGAAUGGGGUUUGAAGGGGUGGAGUUCAUUUUUGAGGCGACUCAAAAAUCGAGGAGAAUGGGGUUUGAAGGGGUGGAGUUCAUUUUUGAGGCGACUCAAAAAUCGAGGAGAAUGGGGUUUGAAGGGGUGGAGUUCAUUUUUGAGGCGACUCAAAAAUCGAGGAGAAUGGGGUUUGAAGGGGUGGAGUUCAUUUUUGAGGCGACUCAAAAAUCGAGGAGAAUGGGGUUUGAAGGGGUGGAGUUCAUUUUUGAGGCGACUCAAAAAUCGAGGAGAAUGGGGUUUGAAGGGGUGGAGUUCAUUUUUGAGGCGACUCAAAAAUCGAGGAGAAUGGGGUUUGAAGGGGUGGAGUUCAUUUUUGAGGCGACUCAAAAAUCGAGGAGAAUGGGGUUUGAAGGGGUGGAGUUCAUUUUUGAGGCGACUCAAAAAUCGAGGAGAAUGGGGUUUGAAGGGGUGGAGUUCAUUUUUGAGGCGACUCAAAAAUCGAGGAGAAUGGGGUUUGAAGGGGUGGAGUUCAUUUUUGAGGCGACUCAAAAAUCGAGGAGAAUGGGGUUUGAAGGGGUGGAGUUCAUUUUUGAGGCGACUCAAAAAUCGAGGAGAAUGGGGUUUGAAGGGGUGGAGUUCAUUUUUGAGGCGACUCAAAAAUCGAGGAGAAUGGGGUUUGAAGGGGUGGAGUUCAUUUUUGAGGCGACUCAAAAAUCGAGGAGAAUGGGGUUUGAAGGGGUGGAGUUCAUUUUUGAGGCGACUCAAAAAUCGAGGAGAAUGGGGUUUGAAGGGGUGGAGUUCAUUUUUGAGGCGACUCAAAAAUCGAGGAGAAUGGGGUUUGAAGGGGUGGAGUUCAUUUUUGAGGCGACUCAAAAAUCGAGGAGAAUGGGGUUUGAAGGGGUGGAGUUCAUUUUUGAGGCGACUCAAAAAUCGAGGAGAAUGGGGUUUGAAGGGGUGGAGUUCAUUUUUGAGGCGACUCAAAAAUCGAGGAGAAUGGGGUUUGAAGGGGUGGAGUUCAUUUUUGAGGCGACUCAAAAAUCGAGGAGAAUGGGGUUUGAAGGGGUGGAGUUCAUUUUUGAGGCGACUCAAAAAUCGAGGAGAAUGGGGUUUGAAGGGGUGGAGUUCAUUUUUGAGGCGACUCAAAAAUCGAGGAGAAUGGGGUUUGAAGGGGUGGAGUUCAUUUUUGAGGCGACUCAAAAAUCGAGGAGAAUGGGGUUUGAAGGGGUGGAGUUCAUUUUUGAGGCGACUCAAAAAUCGAGGAGAAUGGGGUUUGAAGGGGUGGAGUUCAUUUUUGAGGCGACUCAAAAAUCGAGGAGAAUGGGGUUUGAAGGGGUGGAGUUCAUUUUUGAGGCGACUCAAAAAUCGAGGAGAAUGGGGUUUGAAGGGGUGGAGUUCAUUUUUGAGGCGACUCAAAAAUCGAGGAGAAUGGGGUUUGAAGGGGUGGAGUUCAUUUUUGAGGCGACUCAAAAAUCGAGGAGAAUGGGGUUUGAAGGGGUGGAGUUCAUUUUUGAGGCGACUCAAAAAUCGAGGAGAAUGGGGUUUGAAGGGGUGGAGUUCAUUUUUGAGGCGACUCAAAAAUCGAGGAGAAUGGGGUUUGAAGGGGUGGAGUUCAUUUUUGAGGCGACUCAAAAAUCGAGGAGAAUGGGGUUUGAAGGGGUGGAGUUCAUUUUUGAGGCGACUCAAAAAUCGAGGAGAAUGGGGUUUGAAGGGGUGGAGUUCAUUUUUGAGGCGACUCAAAAAUCGAGGAGAAUGGGGUUUGAAGGGGUGGAGUUCAUUUUUGAGGCGACUCAAAAAUCGAGGAGAAUGGGGUUUGAAGGGGUGGAGUUCAUUUUUGAGGCGACUCAAAAAUCGAGGAGAAUGGGGUUUGAAGGGGUGGAGUUCAUUUUUGAGGCGACUCAAAAAUCGAGGAGAAUGGGGUUUGAAGGGGUGGAGUUCAUUUUUGAGGCGACUCAAAAAUCGAGGAGAAUGGGGUUUGAAGGGGUGGAGUUCAUUUUUGAGGCGACUCAAAAAUCGAGGAGAAUGGGGUUUGAAGGGGUGGAGUUCAUUUUUGAGGCGACUCAAAAAUCGAGGAGAAUGGGGUUUGAAGGGGUGGAGUUCAUUUUUGAGGCGACUCAAAAAUCGAGGAGAAUGGGGUUUGAAGGGGUGGAGUUCAUUUUUGAGGCGACUCAAAAAUCGAGGAGAAUGGGGUUUGAAGGGGUGGAGUUCAUUUUUGAGGCGACUCAAAAAUCGAGGAGAAUGGGGUUUGAAGGGGUGGAGUUCAUUUUUGAGGCGACUCAAAAAUCGAGGAGAAUGGGGUUUGAAGGGGUGGAGUUCAUUUUUGAGGCGACUCAAAAAUCGAGGAGAAUGGGGUUUGAAGGGGUGGAGUUCAUUUUUGAGGCGACUCAAAAAUCGAGGAGAAUGGGGUUUGAAGGGGUGGAGUUCAUUUUUGAGGCGACUCAAAAAUCGAGGAGAAUGGGGUUUGAAGGGGUGGAGUUCAUUUUUGAGGCGACUCAAAAAUCGAGGAGAAUGGGGUUUGAAGGGGUGGAGUUCAUUUUUGAGGCGACUCAAAAAUCGAGGAGAAUGGGGUUUGAAGGGGUGGAGUUCAUUUUUGAGGCGACUCAAAAAUCGAGGAGAAUGGGGUUUGAAGGGGUGGAGUUCAUUUUUGAGGCGACUCAAAAAUCGAGGAGAAUGGGGUUUGAAGGGGUGGAGUUCAUUUUUGAGGCGACUCAAAAAUCGAGGAGAAUGGGGUUUGAAGGGGUGGAGUUCAUUUUUGAGGCGACUCAAAAAUCGAGGAGAAUGGGGUUUGAAGGGGUGGAGUUCAUUUUUGAGGCGACUCAAAAAUCGAGGAGAAUGGGGUUUGAAGGGGUGGAGUUCAUUUUUGAGGCGACUCAAAAAUCGAGGAGAAUGGGGUUUGAAGGGGUGGAGUUCAUUUUUGAGGCGACUCAAAAAUCGAGGAGAAUGGGGUUUGAAGGGGUGGAGUUCAUUUUUGAGGCGACUCAAAAAUCGAGGAGAAUGGGGUUUGAAGGGGUGGAGUUCAUUUUUGAGGCGACUCAAAAAUCGAGGAGAAUGGGGUUUGAAGGGGUGGAGUUCAUUUUUGAGGCGACUCAAAAAUCGAGGAGAAUGGGGUUUGAAGGGGUGGAGUUCAUUUUUGAGGCGACUCAAAAAUCGAGGAGAAUGGGGUUUGAAGGGGUGGAGUUCAUUUUUGAGGCGACUCAAAAAUCGAGGAGAAUGGGGUUUGAAGGGGUGGAGUUCAUUUUUGAGGCGACUCAAAAAUCGAGGAGAAUGGGGUUUGAAGGGGUGGAGUUCAUUUUUGAGGCGACUCAAAAAUCGAGGAGAAUGGGGUUUGAAGGGGUGGAGUUCAUUUUUGAGGCGACUCAAAAAUCGAGGAGAAUGGGGUUUGAAGGGGUGGAGUUCAUUUUUGAGGCGACUCAAAAAUCGAGGAGAAUGGGGUUUGAAGGGGUGGAGUUCAUUUUUGAGGCGACUCAAAAAUCGAGGAGAAUGGGGUUUGAAGGGGUGGAGUUCAUUUUUGAGGCGACUCAAAAAUCGAGGAGAAUGGGGUUUGAAGGGGUGGAGUUCAUUUUUGAGGCGACUCAAAAAUCGAGGAGAAUGGGGUUUGAAGGGGUGGAGUUCAUUUUUGAGGCGACUCAAAAAUCGAGGAGAAUGGGGUUUGAAGGGGUGGAGUUCAUUUUUGAGGCGACUCAAAAAUCGAGGAGAAUGGGGUUUGAAGGGGUGGAGUUCAUUUUUGAGGCGACUCAAAAAUCGAGGAGAAUGGGGUUUGAAGGGGUGGAGUUCAUUUUUGAGGCGACUCAAAAAUCGAGGAGAAUGGGGUUUGAAGGGGUGGAGUUCAUUUUUGAGGCGACUCAAAAAUCGAGGAGAAUGGGGUUUGAAGGGGUGGAGUUCAUUUUUGAGGCGACUCAAAAAUCGAGGAGAAUGGGGUUUGAAGGGGUGGAGUUCAUUUUUGAGGCGACUCAAAAAUCGAGGAGAAUGGGGUUUGAAGGGGUGGAGUUCAUUUUUGAGGCGACUCAAAAAUCGAGGAGAAUGGGGUUUGAAGGGGUGGAGUUCAUUUUUGAGGCGACUCAAAAAUCGAGGAGAAUGGGGUUUGAAGGGGUGGAGUUCAUUUUUGAGGCGACUCAAAAAUCGAGGAGAAUGGGGUUUGAAGGGGUGGAGUUCAUUUUUGAGGCGACUCAAAAAUCGAGGAGAAUGGGGUUUGAAGGGGUGGAGUUCAUUUUUGAGGCGACUCAAAAAUCGAGGAGAAUGGGGUUUGAAGGGGUGGAGUUCAUUUUUGAGGCGACUCAAAAAUCGAGGAGAAUGGGGUUUGAAGGGGUGGAGUUCAUUUUUGAGGCGACUCAAAAAUCGAGGAGAAUGGGGUUUGAAGGGGUGGAGUUCAUUUUUGAGGCGACUCAAAAAUCGAGGAGAAUGGGGUUUGAAGGGGUGGAGUUCAUUUUUGAGGCGACUCAAAAAUCGAGGAGAAUGGGGUUUGAAGGGGUGGAGUUCAUUUUUGAGGCGACUCAAAAAUCGAGGAGAAUGGGGUUUGAAGGGGUGGAGUUCAUUUUUGAGGCGACUCAAAAAUCGAGGAGAAUGGGGUUUGAAGGGGUGGAGUUCAUUUUUGAGGCGACUCAAAAAUCGAGGAGAAUGGGGUUUGAAGGGGUGGAGUUCAUUUUUGAGGCGACUCAAAAAUCGAGGAGAAUGGGGUUUGAAGGGGUGGAGUUCAUUUUUGAGGCGACUCAAAAAUCGAGGAGAAUGGGGUUUGAAGGGGUGGAGUUCAUUUUUGAGGCGACUCAAAAAUCGAGGAGAAUGGGGUUUGAAGGGGUGGAGUUCAUUUUUGAGGCGACUCAAAAAUCGAGGAGAAUGGGGUUUGAAGGGGUGGAGUUCAUUUUUGAGGCGACUCAAAAAUCGAGGAGAAUGGGGUUUGAAGGGGUGGAGUUCAUUUUUGAGGCGACUCAAAAAUCGAGGAGAAUGGGGUUUGAAGGGGUGGAGUUCAUUUUUGAGGCGACUCAAAAAUCGAGGAGAAUGGGGUUUGAAGGGGUGGAGUUCAUUUUUGAGGCGACUCAAAAAUCGAGGAGAAUGGGGUUUGAAGGGGUGGAGUUCAUUUUUGAGGCGACUCAAAAAUCGAGGAGAAUGGGGUUUGAAGGGGUGGAGUUCAUUUUUGAGGCGACUCAAAAAUCGAGGAGAAUGGGGUUUGAAGGGGUGGAGUUCAUUUUUGAGGCGACUCAAAAAUCGAGGAGAAUGGGGUUUGAAGGGGUGGAGUUCAUUUUUGAGGCGACUCAAAAAUCGAGGAGAAUGGGGUUUGAAGGGGUGGAGUUCAUUUUUGAGGCGACUCAAAAAUCGAGGAGAAUGGGGUUUGAAGGGGUGGAGUUCAUUUUUGAGGCGACUCAAAAAUCGAGGAGAAUGGGGUUUGAAGGGGUGGAGUUCAUUUUUGAGGCGACUCAAAAAUCGAGGAGAAUGGGGUUUGAAGGGGUGGAGUUCAUUUUUGAGGCGACUCAAAAAUCGAGGAGAAUGGGGUUUGAAGGGGUGGAGUUCAUUUUUGAGGCGACUCAAAAAUCGAGGAGAAUGGGGUUUGAAGGGGUGGAGUUCAUUUUUGAGGCGACUCAAAAAUCGAGGAGAAUGGGGUUUGAAGGGGUGGAGUUCAUUUUUGAGGCGACUCAAAAAUCGAGGAGAAUGGGGUUUGAAGGGGUGGAGUUCAUUUUUGAGGCGACUCAAAAAUCGAGGAGAAUGGGGUUUGAAGGGGUGGAGUUCAUUUUUGAGGCGACUCAAAAAUCGAGGAGAAUGGGGUUUGAAGGGGUGGAGUUCAUUUUUGAGGCGACUCAAAAAUCGAGGAGAAUGGGGUUUGAAGGGGUGGAGUUCAUUUUUGAGGCGACUCAAAAAUCGAGGAGAAUGGGGUUUGAAGGGGUGGAGUUCAUUUUUGAGGCGACUCAAAAAUCGAGGAGAAUGGGGUUUGAAGGGGUGGAGUUCAUUUUUGAGGCGACUCAAAAAUCGAGGAGAAUGGGGUUUGAAGGGGUGGAGUUCAUUUUUGAGGCGACUCAAAAAUCGAGGAGAAUGGGGUUUGAAGGGGUGGAGUUCAUUUUUGAGGCGACUCAAAAAUCGAGGAGAAUGGGGUUUGAAGGGGUGGAGUUCAUUUUUGAGGCGACUCAAAAAUCGAGGAGAAUGGGGUUUGAAGGGGUGGAGUUCAUUUUUGAGGCGACUCAAAAAUCGAGGAGAAUGGGGUUUGAAGGGGUGGAGUUCAUUUUUGAGGCGACUCAAAAAUCGAGGAGAAUGGGGUUUGAAGGGGUGGAGUUCAUUUUUGAGGCGACUCAAAAAUCGAGGAGAAUGGGGUUUGAAGGGGUGGAGUUCAUUUUUGAGGCGACUCAAAAAUCGAGGAGAAUGGGGUUUGAAGGGGUGGAGUUCAUUUUUGAGGCGACUCAAAAAUCGAGGAGAAUGGGGUUUGAAGGGGUGGAGUUCAUUUUUGAGGCGACUCAAAAAUCGAGGAGAAUGGGGUUUGAAGGGGUGGAGUUCAUUUUUGAGGCGACUCAAAAAUCGAGGAGAAUGGGGUUUGAAGGGGUGGAGUUCAUUUUUGAGGCGACUCAAAAAUCGAGGAGAAUGGGGUUUGAAGGGGUGGAGUUCAUUUUUGAGGCGACUCAAAAAUCGAGGAGAAUGGGGUUUGAAGGGGUGGAGUUCAUUUUUGAGGCGACUCAAAAAUCGAGGAGAAUGGGGUUUGAAGGGGUGGAGUUCAUUUUUGAGGCGACUCAAAAAUCGAGGAGAAUGGGGUUUGAAGGGGUGGAGUUCAUUUUUGAGGCGACUCAAAAAUCGAGGAGAAUGGGGUUUGAAGGGGUGGAGUUCAUUUUUGAGGCGACUCAAAAAUCGAGGAGAAUGGGGUUUGAAGGGGUGGAGUUCAUUUUUGAGGCGACUCAAAAAUCGAGGAGAAUGGGGUUUGAAGGGGUGGAGUUCAUUUUUGAGGCGACUCAAAAAUCGAGGAGAAUGGGGUUUGAAGGGGUGGAGUUCAUUUUUGAGGCGACUCAAAAAUCGAGGAGAAUGGGGUUUGAAGGGGUGGAGUUCAUUUUUGAGGCGACUCAAAAAUCGAGGAGAAUGGGGUUUGAAGGGGUGGAGUUCAUUUUUGAGGCGACUCAAAAAUCGAGGAGAAUGGGGUUUGAAGGGGUGGAGUUCAUUUUUGAGGCGACUCAAAAAUCGAGGAGAAUGGGGUUUGAAGGGGUGGAGUUCAUUUUUGAGGCGACUCAAAAAUCGAGGAGAAUGGGGUUUGAAGGGGUGGAGUUCAUUUUUGAGGCGACUCAAAAAUCGAGGAGAAUGGGGUUUGAAGGGGUGGAGUUCAUUUUUGAGGCGACUCAAAAAUCGAGGAGAAUGGGGUUUGAAGGGGUGGAGUUCAUUUUUGAGGCGACUCAAAAAUCGAGGAGAAUGGGGUUUGAAGGGGUGGAGUUCAUUUUUGAGGCGACUCAAAAAUCGAGGAGAAUGGGGUUUGAAGGGGUGGAGUUCAUUUUUGAGGCGACUCAAAAAUCGAGGAGAAUGGGGUUUGAAGGGGUGGAGUUCAUUUUUGAGGCGACUCAAAAAUCGAGGAGAAUGGGGUUUGAAGGGGUGGAGUUCAUUUUUGAGGCGACUCAAAAAUCGAGGAGAAUGGGGUUUGAAGGGGUGGAGUUCAUUUUUGAGGCGACUCAAAAAUCGAGGAGAAUGGGGUUUGAAGGGGUGGAGUUCAUUUUUGAGGCGACUCAAAAAUCGAGGAGAAUGGGGUUUGAAGGGGUGGAGUUCAUUUUUGAGGCGACUCAAAAAUCGAGGAGAAUGGGGUUUGAAGGGGUGGAGUUCAUUUUUGAGGCGACUCAAAAAUCGAGGAGAAUGGGGUUUGAAGGGGUGGAGUUCAUUUUUGAGGCGACUCAAAAAUCGAGGAGAAUGGGGUUUGAAGGGGUGGAGUUCAUUUUUGAGGCGACUCAAAAAUCGAGGAGAAUGGGGUUUGAAGGGGUGGAGUUCAUUUUUGAGGCGACUCAAAAAUCGAGGAGAAUGGGGUUUGAAGGGGUGGAGUUCAUUUUUGAGGCGACUCAAAAAUCGAGGAGAAUGGGGUUUGAAGGGGUGGAGUUCAUUUUUGAGGCGACUCAAAAAUCGAGGAGAAUGGGGUUUGAAGGGGUGGAGUUCAUUUUUGAGGCGACUCAAAAAUCGAGGAGAAUGGGGUUUGAAGGGGUGGAGUUCAUUUUUGAGGCGACUCAAAAAUCGAGGAGAAUGGGGUUUGAAGGGGUGGAGUUCAUUUUUGAGGCGACUCAAAAAUCGAGGAGAAUGGGGUUUGAAGGGGUGGAGUUCAUUUUUGAGGCGACUCAAAAAUCGAGGAGAAUGGGGUUUGAAGGGGUGGAGUUCAUUUUUGAGGCGACUCAAAAAUCGAGGAGAAUGGGGUUUGAAGGGGUGGAGUUCAUUUUUGAGGCGACUCAAAAAUCGAGGAGAAUGGGGUUUGAAGGGGUGGAGUUCAUUUUUGAGGCGACUCAAAAAUCGAGGAGAAUGGGGUUUGAAGGGGUGGAGUUCAUUUUUGAGGCGACUCAAAAAUCGAGGAGAAUGGGGUUUGAAGGGGUGGAGUUCAUUUUUGAGGCGACUCAAAAAUCGAGGAGAAUGGGGUUUGAAGGGGUGGAGUUCAUUUUUGAGGCGACUCAAAAAUCGAGGAGAAUGGGGUUUGAAGGGGUGGAGUUCAUUUUUGAGGCGACUCAAAAAUCGAGGAGAAUGGGGUUUGAAGGGGUGGAGUUCAUUUUUGAGGCGACUCAAAAAUCGAGGAGAAUGGGGUUUGAAGGGGUGGAGUUCAUUUUUGAGGCGACUCAAAAAUCGAGGAGAAUGGGGUUUGAAGGGGUGGAGUUCAUUUUUGAGGCGACUCAAAAAUCGAGGAGAAUGGGGUUUGAAGGGGUGGAGUUCAUUUUUGAGGCGACUCAAAAAUCGAGGAGAAUGGGGUUUGAAGGGGUGGAGUUCAUUUUUGAGGCGACUCAAAAAUCGAGGAGAAUGGGGUUUGAAGGGGUGGAGUUCAUUUUUGAGGCGACUCAAAAAUCGAGGAGAAUGGGGUUUGAAGGGGUGGAGUUCAUUUUUGAGGCGACUCAAAAAUCGAGGAGAAUGGGGUUUGAAGGGGUGGAGUUCAUUUUUGAGGCGACUCAAAAAUCGAGGAGAAUGGGGUUUGAAGGGGUGGAGUUCAUUUUUGAGGCGACUCAAAAAUCGAGGAGAAUGGGGUUUGAAGGGGUGGAGUUCAUUUUUGAGGCGACUCAAAAAUCGAGGAGAAUGGGGUUUGAAGGGGUGGAGUUCAUUUUUGAGGCGACUCAAAAAUCGAGGAGAAUGGGGUUUGAAGGGGUGGAGUUCAUUUUUGAGGCGACUCAAAAAUCGAGGAGAAUGGGGUUUGAAGGGGUGGAGUUCAUUUUUGAGGCGACUCAAAAAUCGAGGAGAAUGGGGUUUGAAGGGGUGGAGUUCAUUUUUGAGGCGACUCAAAAAUCGAGGAGAAUGGGGUUUGAAGGGGUGGAGUUCAUUUUUGAGGCGACUCAAAAAUCGAGGAGAAUGGGGUUUGAAGGGGUGGAGUUCAUUUUUGAGGCGACUCAAAAAUCGAGGAGAAUGGGGUUUGAAGGGGUGGAGUUCAUUUUUGAGGCGACUCAAAAAUCGAGGAGAAUGGGGUUUGAAGGGGUGGAGUUCAUUUUUGAGGCGACUCAAAAAUCGAGGAGAAUGGGGUUUGAAGGGGUGGAGUUCAUUUUUGAGGCGACUCAAAAAUCGAGGAGAAUGGGGUUUGAAGGGGUGGAGUUCAUUUUUGAGGCGACUCAAAAAUCGAGGAGAAUGGGGUUUGAAGGGGUGGAGUUCAUUUUUGAGGCGACUCAAAAAUCGAGGAGAAUGGGGUUUGAAGGGGUGGAGUUCAUUUUUGAGGCGACUCAAAAAUCGAGGAGAAUGGGGUUUGAAGGGGUGGAGUUCAUUUUUGAGGCGACUCAAAAAUCGAGGAGAAUGGGGUUUGAAGGGGUGGAGUUCAUUUUUGAGGCGACUCAAAAAUCGAGGAGAAUGGGGUUUGAAGGGGUGGAGUUCAUUUUUGAGGCGACUCAAAAAUCGAGGAGAAUGGGGUUUGAAGGGGUGGAGUUCAUUUUUGAGGCGACUCAAAAAUCGAGGAGAAUGGGGUUUGAAGGGGUGGAGUUCAUUUUUGAGGCGACUCAAAAAUCGAGGAGAAUGGGGUUUGAAGGGGUGGAGUUCAUUUUUGAGGCGACUCAAAAAUCGAGGAGAAUGGGGUUUGAAGGGGUGGAGUUCAUUUUUGAGGCGACUCAAAAAUCGAGGAGAAUGGGGUUUGAAGGGGUGGAGUUCAUUUUUGAGGCGACUCAAAAAUCGAGGAGAAUGGGGUUUGAAGGGGUGGAGUUCAUUUUUGAGGCGACUCAAAAAUCGAGGAGAAUGGGGUUUGAAGGGGUGGAGUUCAUUUUUGAGGCGACUCAAAAAUCGAGGAGAAUGGGGUUUGAAGGGGUGGAGUUCAUUUUUGAGGCGACUCAAAAAUCGAGGAGAAUGGGGUUUGAAGGGGUGGAGUUCAUUUUUGAGGCGACUCAAAAAUCGAGGAGAAUGGGGUUUGAAGGGGUGGAGUUCAUUUUUGAGGCGACUCAAAAAUCGAGGAGAAUGGGGUUUGAAGGGGUGGAGUUCAUUUUUGAGGCGACUCAAAAAUCGAGGAGAAUGGGGUUUGAAGGGGUGGAGUUCAUUUUUGAGGCGACUCAAAAAUCGAGGAGAAUGGGGUUUGAAGGGGUGGAGUUCAUUUUUGAGGCGACUCAAAAAUCGAGGAGAAUGGGGUUUGAAGGGGUGGAGUUCAUUUUUGAGGCGACUCAAAAAUCGAGGAGAAUGGGGUUUGAAGGGGUGGAGUUCAUUUUUGAGGCGACUCAAAAAUCGAGGAGAAUGGGGUUUGAAGGGGUGGAGUUCAUUUUUGAGGCGACUCAAAAAUCGAGGAGAAUGGGGUUUGAAGGGGUGGAGUUCAUUUUUGAGGCGACUCAAAAAUCGAGGAGAAUGGGGUUUGAAGGGGUGGAGUUCAUUUUUGAGGCGACUCAAAAAUCGAGGAGAAUGGGGUUUGAAGGGGUGGAGUUCAUUUUUGAGGCGACUCAAAAAUCGAGGAGAAUGGGGUUUGAAGGGGUGGAGUUCAUUUUUGAGGCGACUCAAAAAUCGAGGAGAAUGGGGUUUGAAGGGGUGGAGUUCAUUUUUGAGGCGACUCAAAAAUCGAGGAGAAUGGGGUUUGAAGGGGUGGAGUUCAUUUUUGAGGCGACUCAAAAAUCGAGGAGAAUGGGGUUUGAAGGGGUGGAGUUCAUUUUUGAGGCGACUCAAAAAUCGAGGAGAAUGGGGUUUGAAGGGGUGGAGUUCAUUUUUGAGGCGACUCAAAAAUCGAGGAGAAUGGGGUUUGAAGGGGUGGAGUUCAUUUUUGAGGCGACUCAAAAAUCGAGGAGAAUGGGGUUUGAAGGGGUGGAGUUCAUUUUUGAGGCGACUCAAAAAUCGAGGAGAAUGGGGUUUGAAGGGGUGGAGUUCAUUUUUGAGGCGACUCAAAAAUCGAGGAGAAUGGGGUUUGAAGGGGUGGAGUUCAUUUUUGAGGCGACUCAAAAAUCGAGGAGAAUGGGGUUUGAAGGGGUGGAGUUCAUUUUUGAGGCGACUCAAAAAUCGAGGAGAAUGGGGUUUGAAGGGGUGGAGUUCAUUUUUGAGGCGACUCAAAAAUCGAGGAGAAUGGGGUUUGAAGGGUUCAUUUUUGAGGCGACUCAAAAAUCGAGGAGAAUGGGGUUUGAAGGGGUGGAGUUCAUUUUUGAGGCGACUCAAAAAUCGAGGAGAAUGGGGUUUGAAGGGGUGGAGUUCAUUUUUGAGGCGACUCAAAAAUCGAGGAGAAUGGGGUUUGAAGGGGUGGAGUUCAUUUUUGAGGCGACUCAAAAAUCGAGGAGAAUGGGGUUUGAAGGGGUGGAGUUCAUUUUUGAGGCGACUCAAAAAUCGAGGAGAAUGGGGUUUGAAGGGGUGGAGUUCAUUUUUGAGGCGACUCAAAAAUCGAGGAGAAUGGGGUUUGAAGGGGUGGAGUUCAUUUUUGAGGCGACUCAAAAAUCGAGGAGAAUGGGGUUUGAAGGGGUGGAGUUCAUUUUUGAGGCGACUCAAAAAUCGAGGAGAAUGGGGUUUGAAGGGGUGGAGUUCAUUUUUGAGGCGACUCAAAAAUCGAGGAGAAUGGGGUUUGAAGGGGUGGAGUUCAUUUUUGAGGCGACUCAAAAAUCGAGGAGAAUGGGGUUUGAAGGGGUGGAGUUCAUUUUUGAGGCGACUCAAAAAUCGAGGAGAAUGGGGUUUGAAGGGGUGGAGUUCAUUUUUGAGGCGACUCAAAAAUCGAGGAGAAUGGGGUUUGAAGGGGUGGAGUUCAUUUUUGAGGCGACUCAAAAAUCGAGGAGAAUGGGGUUUGAAGGGGUGGAGUUCAUUUUUGAGGCGACUCAAAAAUCGAGGAGAAUGGGGUUUGAAGGGGUGGAGUUCAUUUUUGAGGCGACUCAAAAAUCGAGGAGAAUGGGGUUUGAAGGGGUGGAGUUCAUUUUUGAGGCGACUCAAAAAUCGAGGAGAAUGGGGUUUGAAGGGGUGGAGUUCAUUUUUGAGGCGACUCAAAAAUCGAGGAGAAUGGGGUUUGAAGGGGUGGAGUUCAUUUUUGAGGCGACUCAAAAAUCGAGGAGAAUGGGGUUUGAAGGGGUGGAGUUCAUUUUUGAGGCGACUCAAAAAUCGAGGAGAAUGGGGUUUGAAGGGGUGGAGUUCAUUUUUGAGGCGACUCAAAAAUCGAGGAGAAUGGGGUUUGAAGGGGUGGAGUUCAUUUUUGAGGCGACUCAAAAAUCGAGGAGAAUGGGGUUUGAAGGGGUGGAGUUCAUUUUUGAGGCGACUCAAAAAUCGAGGAGAAUGGGGUUUGAAGGGGUGGAGUUCAUUUUUGAGGCGACUCAAAAAUCGAGGAGAAUGGGGUUUGAAGGGGUGGAGUUCAUUUUUGAGGCGACUCAAAAAUCGAGGAGAAUGGGGUUUGAAGGGGUGGAGUUCAUUUUUGAGGCGACUCAAAAAUCGAGGAGAAUGGGGUUUGAAGGGGUGGAGUUCAUUUUUGAGGCGACUCAAAAAUCGAGGAGAAUGGGGUUUGAAGGGGUGGAGUUCAUUUUUGAGGCGACUCAAAAAUCGAGGAGAAUGGGGUUUGAAGGGGUGGAGUUCAUUUUUGAGGCGACUCAAAAAUCGAGGAGAAUGGGGUUUGAAGGGGUGGAGUUCAUUUUUGAGGCGACUCAAAAAUCGAGGAGAAUGGGGUUUGAAGGGGUGGAGUUCAUUUUUGAGGCGACUCAAAAAUCGAGGAGAAUGGGGUUUGAAGGGGUGGAGUUCAUUUUUGAGGCGACUCAAAAAUCGAGGAGAAUGGGGUUUGAAGGGGUGGAGUUCAUUUUUGAGGCGACUCAAAAAUCGAGGAGAAUGGGGUUUGAAGGGGUGGAGUUCAUUUUUGAGGCGACUCAAAAAUCGAGGAGAAUGGGGUUUGAAGGGGUGGAGUUCAUUUUUGAGGCGACUCAAAAAUCGAGGAGAAUGGGGUUUGAAGGGGUGGAGUUCAUUUUUGAGGCGACUCAAAAAUCGAGGAGAAUGGGGUUUGAAGGGGUGGAGUUCAUUUUUGAGGCGACUCAAAAAUCGAGGAGAAUGGGGUUUGAAGGGGUGGAGUUCAUUUUUGAGGCGACUCAAAAAUCGAGGAGAAUGGGGUUUGAAGGGGUGGAGUUCAUUUUUGAGGCGACUCAAAAAUCGAGGAGAAUGGGGUUUGAAGGGGUGGAGUUCAUUUUUGAGGCGACUCAAAAAUCGAGGAGAAUGGGGUUUGAAGGGGUGGAGUUCAUUUUUGAGGCGACUCAAAAAUCGAGGAGAAUGGGGUUUGAAGGGGUGGAGUUCAUUUUUGAGGCGACUCAAAAAUCGAGGAGAAUGGGGUUUGAAGGGGUGGAGUUCAUUUUUGAGGCGACUCAAAAAUCGAGGAGAAUGGGGUUUGAAGGGGUGGAGUUCAUUUUUGAGGCGACUCAAAAAUCGAGGAGAAUGGGGUUUGAAGGGGUGGAGUUCAUUUUUGAGGCGACUCAAAAAUCGAGGAGAAUGGGGUUUGAAGGGGUGGAGUUCAUUUUUGAGGCGACUCAAAAAUCGAGGAGAAUGGGGUUUGAAGGGGUGGAGUUCAUUUUUGAGGCGACUCAAAAAUCGAGGAGAAUGGGGUUUGAAGGGGUGGAGUUCAUUUUUGAGGCGACUCAAAAAUCGAGGAGAAUGGGGUUUGAAGGGGUGGAGUUCAUUUUUGAGGCGACUCAAAAAUCGAGGAGAAUGGGGUUUGAAGGGGUGGAGUUCAUUUUUGAGGCGACUCAAAAAUCGAGGAGAAUGGGGUUUGAAGGGGUGGAGUUCAUUUUUGAGGCGACUCAAAAAUCGAGGAGAAUGGGGUUUGAAGGGGUGGAGUUCAUUUUUGAGGCGACUCAAAAAUCGAGGAGAAUGGGGUUUGAAGGGGUGGAGUUCAUUUUUGAGGCGACUCAAAAAUCGAGGAGAAUGGGGUUUGAAGGGGUGGAGUUCAUUUUUGAGGCGACUCAAAAAUCGAGGAGAAUGGGGUUUGAAGGGGUGGAGUUCAUUUUUGAGGCGACUCAAAAAUCGAGGAGAAUGGGGUUUGAAGGGGUGGAGUUCAUUUUUGAGGCGACUCAAAAAUCGAGGAGAAUGGGGUUUGAAGGGGUGGAGUUCAUUUUUGAGGCGACUCAAAAAUCGAGGAGAAUGGGGUUUGAAGGGGUGGAGUUCAUUUUUGAGGCGACUCAAAAAUCGAGGAGAAUGGGGUUUGAAGGGGUGGAGUUCAUUUUUGAGGCGACUCAAAAAUCGAGGAGAAUGGGGUUUGAAGGGGUGGAGUUCAUUUUUGAGGCGACUCAAAAAUCGAGGAGAAUGGGGUUUGAAGGGGUGGAGUUCAUUUUUGAGGCGACUCAAAAAUCGAGGAGAAUGGGGUUUGAAGGGGUGGAGUUCAUUUUUGAGGCGACUCAAAAAUCGAGGAGAAUGGGGUUUGAAGGGGUGGAGUUCAUUUUUGAGGCGACUCAAAAAUCGAGGAGAAUGGGGUUUGAAGGGGUGGAGUUCAUUUUUGAGGCGACUCAAAAAUCGAGGAGAAUGGGGUUUGAAGGGGUGGAGUUCAUUUUUGAGGCGACUCAAAAAUCGAGGAGAAUGGGGUUUGAAGGGGUGGAGUUCAUUUUUGAGGCGACUCAAAAAUCGAGGAGAAUGGGGUUUGAAGGGGUGGAGUUCAUUUUUGAGGCGACUCAAAAAUCGAGGAGAAUGGGGUUUGAAGGGGUGGAGUUCAUUUUUGAGGCGACUCAAAAAUCGAGGAGAAUGGGGUUUGAAGGGGUGGAGUUCAUUUUUGAGGCGACUCAAAAAUCGAGGAGAAUGGGGUUUGAAGGGGUGGAGUUCAUUUUUGAGGCGACUCAAAAAUCGAGGAGAAUGGGGUUUGAAGGGGUGGAGUUCAUUUUUGAGGCGACUCAAAAAUCGAGGAGAAUGGGGUUUGAAGGGGUGGAGUUCAUUUUUGAGGCGACUCAAAAAUCGAGGAGAAUGGGGUUUGAAGGGGUGGAGUUCAUUUUUGAGGCGACUCAAAAAUCGAGGAGAAUGGGGUUUGAAGGGGUGGAGUUCAUUUUUGAGGCGACUCAAAAAUCGAGGAGAAUGGGGUUUGAAGGGGUGGAGUUCAUUUUUGAGGCGACUCAAAAAUCGAGGAGAAUGGGGUUUGAAGGGGUGGAGUUCAUUUUUGAGGCGACUCAAAAAUCGAGGAGAAUGGGGUUUGAAGGGGUGGAGUUCAUUUUUGAGGCGACUCAAAAAUCGAGGAGAAUGGGGUUUGAAGGGGUGGAGUUCAUUUUUGAGGCGACUCAAAAAUCGAGGAGAAUGGGGUUUGAAGGGGUGGAGUUCAUUUUUGAGGCGACUCAAAAAUCGAGGAGAAUGGGGUUUGAAGGGGUGGAGUUCAUUUUUGAGGCGACUCAAAAAUCGAGGAGAAUGGGGUUUGAAGGGGUGGAGUUCAUUUUUGAGGCGACUCAAAAAUCGAGGAGAAUGGGGUUUGAAGGGGUGGAGUUCAUUUUUGAGGCGACUCAAAAAUCGAGGAGAAUGGGGUUUGAAGGGGUGGAGUUCAUUUUUGAGGCGACUCAAAAAUCGAGGAGAAUGGGGUUUGAAGGGGUGGAGUUCAUUUUUGAGGCGACUCAAAAAUCGAGGAGAAUGGGGUUUGAAGGGGUGGAGUUCAUUUUUGAGGCGACUCAAAAAUCGAGGAGAAUGGGGUUUGAAGGGGUGGAGUUCAUUUUUGAGGCGACUCAAAAAUCGAGGAGAAUGGGGUUUGAAGGGGUGGAGUUCAUUUUUGAGGCGACUCAAAAAUCGAGGAGAAUGGGGUUUGAAGGGGUGGAGUUCAUUUUUGAGGCGACUCAAAAAUCGAGGAGAAUGGGGUUUGAAGGGGUGGAGUUCAUUUUUGAGGCGACUCAAAAAUCGAGGAGAAUGGGGUUUGAAGGGGUGGAGUUCAUUUUUGAGGCGACUCAAAAAUCGAGGAGAAUGGGGUUUGAAGGGGUGGAGUUCAUUUUUGAGGCGACUCAAAAAUCGAGGAGAAUGGGGUUUGAAGGGGUGGAGUUCAUUUUUGAGGCGACUCAAAAAUCGAGGAGAAUGGGGUUUGAAGGGGUGGAGUUCAUUUUUGAGGCGACUCAAAAAUCGAGGAGAAUGGGGUUUGAAGGGGUGGAGUUCAUUUUUGAGGCGACUCAAAAAUCGAGGAGAAUGGGGUUUGAAGGGGUGGAGUUCAUUUUUGAGGCGACUCAAAAAUCGAGGAGAAUGGGGUUUGAAGGGGUGGAGUUCAUUUUUGAGGCGACUCAAAAAUCGAGGAGAAUGGGGUUUGAAGGGGUGGAGUUCAUUUUUGAGGCGACUCAAAAAUCGAGGAGAAUGGGGUUUGAAGGGGUGGAGUUCAUUUUUGAGGCGACUCAAAAAUCGAGGAGAAUGGGGUUUGAAGGGGUGGAGUUCAUUUUUGAGGCGACUCAAAAAUCGAGGAGAAUGGGGUUUGAAGGGGUGGAGUUCAUUUUUGAGGCGACUCAAAAAUCGAGGAGAAUGGGGUUUGAAGGGGUGGAGUUCAUUUUUGAGGCGACUCAAAAAUCGAGGAGAAUGGGGUUUGAAGGGGUGGAGUUCAUUUUUGAGGCGACUCAAAAAUCGAGGAGAAUGGGGUUUGAAGGGGUGGAGUUCAUUUUUGAGGCGACUCAAAAAUCGAGGAGAAUGGGGUUUGAAGGGGUGGAGUUCAUUUUUGAGGCGACUCAAAAAUCGAGGAGAAUGGGGUUUGAAGGGGUGGAGUUCAUUUUUGAGGCGACUCAAAAAUCGAGGAGAAUGGGGUUUGAAGGGGUGGAGUUCAUUUUUGAGGCGACUCAAAAAUCGAGGAGAAUGGGGUUUGAAGGGGUGGAGUUCAUUUUUGAGGCGACUCAAAAAUCGAGGAGAAUGGGGUUUGAAGGGGUGGAGUUCAUUUUUGAGGCGACUCAAAAAUCGAGGAGAAUGGGGUUUGAAGGGGUGGAGUUCAUUUUUGAGGCGACUCAAAAAUCGAGGAGAAUGGGGUUUGAAGGGGUGGAGUUCAUUUUUGAGGCGACUCAAAAAUCGAGGAGAAUGGGGUUUGAAGGGGUGGAGUUCAUUUUUGAGGCGACUCAAAAAUCGAGGAGAAUGGGGUUUGAAGGGGUGGAGUUCAUUUUUGAGGCGACUCAAAAAUCGAGGAGAAUGGGGUUUGAAGGGGUGGAGUUCAUUUUUGAGGCGACUCAAAAAUCGAGGAGAAUGGGGUUUGAAGGGGUGGAGUUCAUUUUUGAGGCGACUCAAAAAUCGAGGAGAAUGGGGUUUGAAGGGGUGGAGUUCAUUUUUGAGGCGACUCAAAAAUCGAGGAGAAUGGGGUUUGAAGGGGUGGAGUUCAUUUUUGAGGCGACUCAAAAAUCGAGGAGAAUGGGGUUUGAAGGGGUGGAGUUCAUUUUUGAGGCGACUCAAAAAUCGAGGAGAAUGGGGUUUGAAGGGGUGGAGUUCAUUUUUGAGGCGACUCAAAAAUCGAGGAGAAUGGGGUUUGAAGGGGUGGAGUUCAUUUUUGAGGCGACUCAAAAAUCGAGGAGAAUGGGGUUUGAAGGGGUGGAGUUCAUUUUUGAGGCGACUCAAAAAUCGAGGAGAAUGGGGUUUGAAGGGGUGGAGUUCAUUUUUGAGGCGACUCAAAAAUCGAGGAGAAUGGGGUUUGAAGGGGUGGAGUUCAUUUUUGAGGCGACUCAAAAAUCGAGGAGAAUGGGGUUUGAAGGGGUGGAGUUCAUUUUUGAGGCGACUCAAAAAUCGAGGAGAAUGGGGUUUGAAGGGGUGGAGUUCAUUUUUGAGGCGACUCAAAAAUCGAGGAGAAUGGGGUUUGAAGGGGUGGAGUUCAUUUUUGAGGCGACUCAAAAAUCGAGGAGAAUGGGGUUUGAAGGGGUGGAGUUCAUUUUUGAGGCGACUCAAAAAUCGAGGAGAAUGGGGUUUGAAGGGGUGGAGUUCAUUUUUGAGGCGACUCAAAAAUCGAGGAGAAUGGGGUUUGAAGGGGUGGAGUUCAUUUUUGAGGCGACUCAAAAAUCGAGGAGAAUGGGGUUUGAAGGGGUGGAGUUCAUUUUUGAGGCGACUCAAAAAUCGAGGAGAAUGGGGUUUGAAGGGGUGGAGUUCAUUUUUGAGGCGACUCAAAAAUCGAGGAGAAUGGGGUUUGAAGGGGUGGAGUUCAUUUUUGAGGCGACUCAAAAAUCGAGGAGAAUGGGGUUUGAAGGGGUGGAGUUCAUUUUUGAGGCGACUCAAAAAUCGAGGAGAAUGGGGUUUGAAGGGGUGGAGUUCAUUUUUGAGGCGACUCAAAAAUCGAGGAGAAUGGGGUUUGAAGGGGUGGAGUUCAUUUUUGAGGCGACUCAAAAAUCGAGGAGAAUGGGGUUUGAAGGGGUGGAGUUCAUUUUUGAGGCGACUCAAAAAUCGAGGAGAAUGGGGUUUGAAGGGGUGGAGUUCAUUUUUGAGGCGACUCAAAAAUCGAGGAGAAUGGGGUUUGAAGGGGUGGAGUUCAUUUUUGAGGCGACUCAAAAAUCGAGGAGAAUGGGGUUUGAAGGGGUGGAGUUCAUUUUUGAGGCGACUCAAAAAUCGAGGAGAAUGGGGUUUGAAGGGGUGGAGUUCAUUUUUGAGGCGACUCAAAAAUCGAGGAGAAUGGGGUUUGAAGGGGUGGAGUUCAUUUUUGAGGCGACUCAAAAAUCGAGGAGAAUGGGGUUUGAAGGGGUGGAGUUCAUUUUUGAGGCGACUCAAAAAUCGAGGAGAAUGGGGUUUGAAGGGGUGGAGUUCAUUUUUGAGGCGACUCAAAAAUCGAGGAGAAUGGGGUUUGAAGGGGUGGAGUUCAUUUUUGAGGCGACUCAAAAAUCGAGGAGAAUGGGGUUUGAAGGGGUGGAGUUCAUUUUUGAGGCGACUCAAAAAUCGAGGAGAAUGGGGUUUGAAGGGGUGGAGUUCAUUUUUGAGGCGACUCAAAAAUCGAGGAGAAUGGGGUUUGAAGGGGUGGAGUUCAUUUUUGAGGCGACUCAAAAAUCGAGGAGAAUGGGGUUUGAAGGGGUGGAGUUCAUUUUUGAGGCGACUCAAAAAUCGAGGAGAAUGGGGUUUGAAGGGGUGGAGUUCAUUUUUGAGGCGACUCAAAAAUCGAGGAGAAUGGGGUUUGAAGGGGUGGAGUUCAUUUUUGAGGCGACUCAAAAAUCGAGGAGAAUGGGGUUUGAAGGGGUGGAGUUCAUUUUUGAGGCGACUCAAAAAUCGAGGAGAAUGGGGUUUGAAGGGGUGGAGUUCAUUUUUGAGGCGACUCAAAAAUCGAGGAGAAUGGGGUUUGAAGGGGUGGAGUUCAUUUUUGAGGCGACUCAAAAAUCGAGGAGAAUGGGGUUUGAAGGGGUGGAGUUCAUUUUUGAGGCGACUCAAAAAUCGAGGAGAAUGGGGUUUGAAGGGGUGGAGUUCAUUUUUGAGGCGACUCAAAAAUCGAGGAGAAUGGGGUUUGAAGGGGUGGAGUUCAUUUUUGAGGCGACUCAAAAAUCGAGGAGAAUGGGGUUUGAAGGGGUGGAGUUCAUUUUUGAGGCGACUCAAAAAUCGAGGAGAAUGGGGUUUGAAGGGGUGGAGUUCAUUUUUGAGGCGACUCAAAAAUCGAGGAGAAUGGGGUUUGAAGGGGUGGAGUUCAUUUUUGAGGCGACUCAAAAAUCGAGGAGAAUGGGGUUUGAAGGGGUGGAGUUCAUUUUUGAGGCGACUCAAAAAUCGAGGAGAAUGGGGUUUGAAGGGGUGGAGUUCAUUUUUGAGGCGACUCAAAAAUCGAGGAGAAUGGGGUUUGAAGGGGUGGAGUUCAUUUUUGAGGCGACUCAAAAAUCGAGGAGAAUGGGGUUUGAAGGGGUGGAGUUCAUUUUUGAGGCGACUCAAAAAUCGAGGAGAAUGGGGUUUGAAGGGGUGGAGUUCAUUUUUGAGGCGACUCAAAAAUCGAGGAGAAUGGGGUUUGAAGGGGUGGAGUUCAUUUUUGAGGCGACUCAAAAAUCGAGGAGAAUGGGGUUUGAAGGGGUGGAGUUCAUUUUUGAGGCGACUCAAAAAUCGAGGAGAAUGGGGUUUGAAGGGGUGGAGUUCAUUUUUGAGGCGACUCAAAAAUCGAGGAGAAUGGGGUUUGAAGGGGUGGAGUUCAUUUUUGAGGCGACUCAAAAAUCGAGGAGAAUGGGGUUUGAAGGGGUGGAGUUCAUUUUUGAGGCGACUCAAAAAUCGAGGAGAAUGGGGUUUGAAGGGGUGGAGUUCAUUUUUGAGGCGACUCAAAAAUCGAGGAGAAUGGGGUUUGAAGGGGUGGAGUUCAUUUUUGAGGCGACUCAAAAAUCGAGGAGAAUGGGGUUUGAAGGGGUGGAGUUCAUUUUUGAGGCGACUCAAAAAUCGAGGAGAAUGGGGUUUGAAGGGGUGGAGUUCAUUUUUGAGGCGACUCAAAAAUCGAGGAGAAUGGGGUUUGAAGGGGUGGAGUUCAUUUUUGAGGCGACUCAAAAAUCGAGGAGAAUGGGGUUUGAAGGGGUGGAGUUCAUUUUUGAGGCGACUCAAAAAUCGAGGAGAAUGGGGUUUGAAGGGGUGGAGUUCAUUUUUGAGGCGACUCAAAAAUCGAGGAGAAUGGGGUUUGAAGGGGUGGAGUUCAUUUUUGAGGCGACUCAAAAAUCGAGGAGAAUGGGGUUUGAAGGGGUGGAGUUCAUUUUUGAGGCGACUCAAAAAUCGAGGAGAAUGGGGUUUGAAGGGGUGGAGUUCAUUUUUGAGGCGACUCAAAAAUCGAGGAGAAUGGGGUUUGAAGGGGUGGAGUUCAUUUUUGAGGCGACUCAAAAAUCGAGGAGAAUGGGGUUUGAAGGGGUGGAGUUCAUUUUUGAGGCGACUCAAAAAUCGAGGAGAAUGGGGUUUGAAGGGGUGGAGUUCAUUUUUGAGGCGACUCAAAAAUCGAGGAGAAUGGGGUUUGAAGGGGUGGAGUUCAUUUUUGAGGCGACUCAAAAAUCGAGGAGAAUGGGGUUUGAAGGGGUGGAGUUCAUUUUUGAGGCGACUCAAAAAUCGAGGAGAAUGGGGUUUGAAGGGGUGGAGUUCAUUUUUGAGGCGACUCAAAAAUCGAGGAGAAUGGGGUUUGAAGGGGUGGAGUUCAUUUUUGAGGCGACUCAAAAAUCGAGGAGAAUGGGGUUUGAAGGGGUGGAGUUCAUUUUUGAGGCGACUCAAAAAUCGAGGAGAAUGGGGUUUGAAGGGGUGGAGUUCAUUUUUGAGGCGACUCAAAAAUCGAGGAGAAUGGGGUUUGAAGGGGUGGAGUUCAUUUUUGAGGCGACUCAAAAAUCGAGGAGAAUGGGGUUUGAAGGGGUGGAGUUCAUUUUUGAGGCGACUCAAAAAUCGAGGAGAAUGGGGUUUGAAGGGGUGGAGUUCAUUUUUGAGGCGACUCAAAAAUCGAGGAGAAUGGGGUUUGAAGGGGUGGAGUUCAUUUUUGAGGCGACUCAAAAAUCGAGGAGAAUGGGGUUUGAAGGGGUGGAGUUCAUUUUUGAGGCGACUCAAAAAUCGAGGAGAAUGGGGUUUGAAGGGGUGGAGUUCAUUUUUGAGGCGACUCAAAAAUCGAGGAGAAUGGGGUUUGAAGGGGUGGAGUUCAUUUUUGAGGCGACUCAAAAAUCGAGGAGAAUGGGGUUUGAAGGGGUGGAGUUCAUUUUUGAGGCGACUCAAAAAUCGAGGAGAAUGGGGUUUGAAGGGGUGGAGUUCAUUUUUGAGGCGACUCAAAAAUCGAGGAGAAUGGGGUUUGAAGGGGUGGAGUUCAUUUUUGAGGCGACUCAAAAAUCGAGGAGAAUGGGGUUUGAAGGGGUGGAGUUCAUUUUUGAGGCGACUCAAAAAUCGAGGAGAAUGGGGUUUGAAGGGGUGGAGUUCAUUUUUGAGGCGACUCAAAAAUCGAGGAGAAUGGGGUUUGAAGGGGUGGAGUUCAUUUUUGAGGCGACUCAAAAAUCGAGGAGAAUGGGGUUUGAAGGGGUGGAGUUCAUUUUUGAGGCGACUCAAAAAUCGAGGAGAAUGGGGUUUGAAGGGGUGGAGUUCAUUUUUGAGGCGACUCAAAAAUCGAGGAGAAUGGGGUUUGAAGGGGUGGAGUUCAUUUUUGAGGCGACUCAAAAAUCGAGGAGAAUGGGGUUUGAAGGGGUGGAGUUCAUUUUUGAGGCGACUCAAAAAUCGAGGAGAAUGGGGUUUGAAGGGGUGGAGUUCAUUUUUGAGGCGACUCAAAAAUCGAGGAGAAUGGGGUUUGAAGGGGUGGAGUUCAUUUUUGAGGCGACUCAAAAAUCGAGGAGAAUGGGGUUUGAAGGGGUGGAGUUCAUUUUUGAGGCGACUCAAAAAUCGAGGAGAAUGGGGUUUGAAGGGGUGGAGUUCAUUUUUGAGGCGACUCAAAAAUCGAGGAGAAUGGGGUUUGAAGGGGUGGAGUUCAUUUUUGAGGCGACUCAAAAAUCGAGGAGAAUGGGGUUUGAAGGGGUGGAGUUCAUUUUUGAGGCGACUCAAAAAUCGAGGAGAAUGGGGUUUGAAGGGGUGGAGUUCAUUUUUGAGGCGACUCAAAAAUCGAGGAGAAUGGGGUUUGAAGGGGUGGAGUUCAUUUUUGAGGCGACUCAAAAAUCGAGGAGAAUGGGGUUUGAAGGGGUGGAGUUCAUUUUUGAGGCGACUCAAAAAUCGAGGAGAAUGGGGUUUGAAGGGGUGGAGUUCAUUUUUGAGGCGACUCAAAAAUCGAGGAGAAUGGGGUUUGAAGGGGUGGAGUUCAUUUUUGAGGCGACUCAAAAAUCGAGGAGAAUGGGGUUUGAAGGGGUGGAGUUCAUUUUUGAGGCGACUCAAAAAUCGAGGAGAAUGGGGUUUGAAGGGGUGGAGUUCAUUUUUGAGGCGACUCAAAAAUCGAGGAGAAUGGGGUUUGAAGGGGUGGAGUUCAUUUUUGAGGCGACUCAAAAAUCGAGGAGAAUGGGGUUUGAAGGGGUGGAGUUCAUUUUUGAGGCGACUCAAAAAUCGAGGAGAAUGGGGUUUGAAGGGGUGGAGUUCAUUUUUGAGGCGACUCAAAAAUCGAGGAGAAUGGGGUUUGAAGGGGUGGAGUUCAUUUUUGAGGCGACUCAAAAAUCGAGGAGAAUGGGGUUUGAAGGGGUGGAGUUCAUUUUUGAGGCGACUCAAAAAUCGAGGAGAAUGGGGUUUGAAGGGGUGGAGUUCAUUUUUGAGGCGACUCAAAAAUCGAGGAGAAUGGGGUUUGAAGGGGUGGAGUUCAUUUUUGAGGCGACUCAAAAAUCGAGGAGAAUGGGGUUUGAAGGGGUGGAGUUCAUUUUUGAGGCGACUCAAAAAUCGAGGAGAAUGGGGUUUGAAGGGGUGGAGUUCAUUUUUGAGGCGACUCAAAAAUCGAGGAGAAUGGGGUUUGAAGGGGUGGAGUUCAUUUUUGAGGCGACUCAAAAAUCGAGGAGAAUGGGGUUUGAAGGGGUGGAGUUCAUUUUUGAGGCGACUCAAAAAUCGAGGAGAAUGGGGUUUGAAGGGGUGGAGUUCAUUUUUGAGGCGACUCAAAAAUCGAGGAGAAUGGGGUUUGAAGGGGUGGAGUUCAUUUUUGAGGCGACUCAAAAAUCGAGGAGAAUGGGGUUUGAAGGGGUGGAGUUCAUUUUUGAGGCGACUCAAAAAUCGAGGAGAAUGGGGUUUGAAGGGGUGGAGUUCAUUUUUGAGGCGACUCAAAAAUCGAGGAGAAUGGGGUUUGAAGGGGUGGAGUUCAUUUUGAGGCGACUCAAAAAUCGAGGAGAAUGGGGGGUGGAGUUCAUUUUUGAGGCGACUCAAAAAUCGAGGAGAAUGGGGUUUGAAGGGGUGGAGUUCAUUUUUGAGGCGACUCAAAAAUCGAGGAGAAUGGGGUUUGAAGGGGUGGAGUUCAUUUUUGAGGCGACUCAAAAAUCGAGGAGAAUGGGGUUUGAAGGGGUGGAGUUCAUUUUUGAGGCGACUCAAAAAUCGAGGAGAAUGGGGUUUGAAGGGGUGGAGUUCAUUUUUGAGGCGACUCAAAAAUCGAGGAGAAUGGGGUUUGAAGGGGUGGAGUUCAUUUUUGAGGCGACUCAAAAAUCGAGGAGAAUGGGGUUUGAAGGGGUGGAGUUCAUUUUUGAGGCGACUCAAAAAUCGAGGAGAAUGGGGUUUGAAGGGGUGGAGUUCAUUUUUGAGGCGACUCAAAAAUCGAGGAGAAUGGGGUUUGAAGGGGUGGAGUUCAUUUUUGAGGCGACUCAAAAAUCGAGGAGAAUGGGGUUUGAAGGGGUGGAGUUCAUUUUUGAGGCGACUCAAAAAUCGAGGAGAAUGGGGUUUGAAGGGGUGGAGUUCAUUUUUGAGGCGACUCAAAAAUCGAGGAGAAUGGGGUUUGAAGGGGUGGAGUUCAUUUUUGAGGCGACUCAAAAAUCGAGGAGAAUGGGGUUUGAAGGGGUGGAGUUCAUUUUUGAGGCGACUCAAAAAUCGAGGAGAAUGGGGUUUGAAGGGGUGGAGUUCAUUUUUGAGGCGACUCAAAAAUCGAGGAGAAUGGGGUUUGAAGGGGUGGAGUUCAUUUUUGAGGCGACUCAAAAAUCGAGGAGAAUGGGGUUUGAAGGGGUGGAGUUCAUUUUUGAGGCGACUCAAAAAUCGAGGAGAAUGGGGUUUGAAGGGGUGGAGUUCAUUUUUGAGGCGACUCAAAAAUCGAGGAGAAUGGGGUUUGAAGGGGUGGAGUUCAUUUUUGAGGCGACUCAAAAAUCGAGGAGAAUGGGGUUUGAAGGGGUGGAGUUCAUUUUUGAGGCGACUCAAAAAUCGAGGAGAAUGGGGUUUGAAGGGGUGGAGUUCAUUUUUGAGGCGACUCAAAAAUCGAGGAGAAUGGGGUUUGAAGGGGUGGAGUUCAUUUUUGAGGCGACUCAAAAAUCGAGGAGAAUGGGGUUUGAAGGGGUGGAGUUCAUUUUUGAGGCGACUCAAAAAUCGAGGAGAAUGGGGUUUGAAGGGGUGGAGUUCAUUUUUGAGGCGACUCAAAAAUCGAGGAGAAUGGGGUUUGAAGGGGUGGAGUUCAUUUUUGAGGCGACUCAAAAAUCGAGGAGAAUGGGGUUUGAAGGGGUGGAGUUCAUUUUUGAGGCGACUCAAAAAUCGAGGAGAAUGGGGUUUGAAGGGGUGGAGUUCAUUUUUGAGGCGACUCAAAAAUCGAGGAGAAUGGGGUUUGAAGGGGUGGAGUUCAUUUUUGAGGCGACUCAAAAAUCGAGGAGAAUGGGGUUUGAAGGGGUGGAGUUCAUUUUUGAGGCGACUCAAAAAUCGAGGAGAAUGGGGUUUGAAGGGGUGGAGUUCAUUUUUGAGGCGACUCAAAAAUCGAGGAGAAUGGGGUUUGAAGGGGUGGAGUUCAUUUUUGAGGCGACUCAAAAAUCGAGGAGAAUGGGGUUUGAAGGGGUGGAGUUCAUUUUUGAGGCGACUCAAAAAUCGAGGAGAAUGGGGUUUGAAGGGGUGGAGUUCAUUUUUGAGGCGACUCAAAAAUCGAGGAGAAUGGGGUUUGAAGGGGUGGAGUUCAUUUUUGAGGCGACUCAAAAAUCGAGGAGAAUGGGGUUUGAAGGGGUGGAGUUCAUUUUUGAGGCGACUCAAAAAUCGAGGAGAAUGGGGUUUGAAGGGGUGGAGUUCAUUUUUGAGGCGACUCAAAAAUCGAGGAGAAUGGGGUUUGAAGGGGUGGAGUUCAUUUUUGAGGCGACUCAAAAAUCGAGGAGAAUGGGGUUUGAAGGGGUGGAGUUCAUUUUUGAGGCGACUCAAAAAUCGAGGAGAAUGGGGUUUGAAGGGGUGGAGUUCAUUUUUGAGGCGACUCAAAAAUCGAGGAGAAUGGGGUUUGAAGGGGUGGAGUUCAUUUUUGAGGCGACUCAAAAAUCGAGGAGAAUGGGGUUUGAAGGGGUGGAGUUCAUUUUUGAGGCGACUCAAAAAUCGAGGAGAAUGGGGUUUGAAGGGGUGGAGUUCAUUUUUGAGGCGACUCAAAAAUCGAGGAGAAUGGGGUUUGAAGGGGUGGAGUUCAUUUUUGAGGCGACUCAAAAAUCGAGGAGAAUGGGGUUUGAAGGGGUGGAGUUCAUUUUUGAGGCGACUCAAAAAUCGAGGAGAAUGGGGUUUGAAGGGGUGGAGUUCAUUUUUGAGGCGACUCAAAAAUCGAGGAGAAUGGGGUUUGAAGGGGUGGAGUUCAUUUUUGAGGCGACUCAAAAAUCGAGGAGAAUGGGGUUUGAAGGGGUGGAGUUCAUUUUUGAGGCGACUCAAAAAUCGAGGAGAAUGGGGUUUGAAGGGGUGGAGUUCAUUUUUGAGGCGACUCAAAAAUCGAGGAGAAUGGGGUUUGAAGGGGUGGAGUUCAUUUUUGAGGCGACUCAAAAAUCGAGGAGAAUGGGGUUUGAAGGGGUGGAGUUCAUUUUUGAGGCGACUCAAAAAUCGAGGAGAAUGGGGUUUGAAGGGGUGGAGUUCAUUUUUGAGGCGACUCAAAAAUCGAGGAGAAUGGGGUUUGAAGGGGUGGAGUUCAUUUUUGAGGCGACUCAAAAAUCGAGGAGAAUGGGGUUUGAAGGGGUGGAGUUCAUUUUUGAGGCGACUCAAAAAUCGAGGAGAAUGGGGUUUGAAGGGGUGGAGUUCAUUUUUGAGGCGACUCAAAAAUCGAGGAGAAUGGGGUUUGAAGGGGUGGAGUUCAUUUUUGAGGCGACUCAAAAAUCGAGGAGAAUGGGGUUUGAAGGGGUGGAGUUCAUUUUUGAGGCGACUCAAAAAUCGAGGAGAAUGGGGUUUGAAGGGGUGGAGUUCAUUUUUGAGGCGACUCAAAAAUCGAGGAGAAUGGGGUUUGAAGGGGUGGAGUUCAUUUUUGAGGCGACUCAAAAAUCGAGGAGAAUGGGGUUUGAAGGGGUGGAGUUCAUUUUUGAGGCGACUCAAAAAUCGAGGAGAAUGGGGUUUGAAGGGGUGGAGUUCAUUUUUGAGGCGACUCAAAAAUCGAGGAGAAUGGGGUUUGAAGGGGUGGAGUUCAUUUUUGAGGCGACUCAAAAAUCGAGGAGAAUGGGGUUUGAAGGGGUGGAGUUCAUUUUUGAGGCGACUCAAAAAUCGAGGAGAAUGGGGUUUGAAGGGGUGGAGUUCAUUUUUGAGGCGACUCAAAAAUCGAGGAGAAUGGGGUUUGAAGGGGUGGAGUUCAUUUUUGAGGCGACUCAAAAAUCGAGGAGAAUGGGGUUUGAAGGGGUGGAGUUCAUUUUUGAGGCGACUCAAAAAUCGAGGAGAAUGGGGUUUGAAGGGGUGGAGUUCAUUUUUGAGGCGACUCAAAAAUCGAGGAGAAUGGGGUUUGAAGGGGUGGAGUUCAUUUUUGAGGCGACUCAAAAAUCGAGGAGAAUGGGGUUUGAAGGGGUGGAGUUCAUUUUUGAGGCGACUCAAAAAUCGAGGAGAAUGGGGUUUGAAGGGGUGGAGUUCAUUUUUGAGGCGACUCAAAAAUCGAGGAGAAUGGGGUUUGAAGGGGUGGAGUUCAUUUUUGAGGCGACUCAAAAAUCGAGGAGAAUGGGGUUUGAAGGGGUGGAGUUCAUUUUUGAGGCGACUCAAAAAUCGAGGAGAAUGGGGUUUGAAGGGGUGGAGUUCAUUUUUGAGGCGACUCAAAAAUCGAGGAGAAUGGGGUUUGAAGGGGUGGAGUUCAUUUUUGAGGCGACUCAAAAAUCGAGGAGAAUGGGGUUUGAAGGGGUGGAGUUCAUUUUUGAGGCGACUCAAAAAUCGAGGAGAAUGGGGUUUGAAGGGGUGGAGUUCAUUUUUGAGGCGACUCAAAAAUCGAGGAGAAUGGGGUUUGAAGGGGUGGAGUUCAUUUUUGAGGCGACUCAAAAAUCGAGGAGAAUGGGGUUUGAAGGGGUGGAGUUCAUUUUUGAGGCGACUCAAAAAUCGAGGAGAAUGGGGUUUGAAGGGGUGGAGUUCAUUUUUGAGGCGACUCAAAAAUCGAGGAGAAUGGGGUUUGAAGGGGUGGAGUUCAUUUUUGAGGCGACUCAAAAAUCGAGGAGAAUGGGGUUUGAAGGGGUGGAGUUCAUUUUUGAGGCGACUCAAAAAUCGAGGAGAAUGGGGUUUGAAGGGGUGGAGUUCAUUUUUGAGGCGACUCAAAAAUCGAGGAGAAUGGGGUUUGAAGGGGUGGAGUUCAUUUUUGAGGCGACUCAAAAAUCGAGGAGAAUGGGGUUUGAAGGGGUGGAGUUCAUUUUUGAGGCGACUCAAAAAUCGAGGAGAAUGGGGUUUGAAGGGGUGGAGUUCAUUUUUGAGGCGACUCAAAAAUCGAGGAGAAUGGGGUUUGAAGGGGUGGAGUUCAUUUUUGAGGCGACUCAAAAAUCGAGGAGAAUGGGGUUUGAAGGGGUGGAGUUCAUUUUUGAGGCGACUCAAAAAUCGAGGAGAAUGGGGUUUGAAGGGGUGGAGUUCAUUUUUGAGGCGACUCAAAAAUCGAGGAGAAUGGGGUUUGAAGGGGUGGAGUUCAUUUUUGAGGCGACUCAAAAAUCGAGGAGAAUGGGGUUUGAAGGGGUGGAGUUCAUUUUUGAGGCGACUCAAAAAUCGAGGAGAAUGGGGUUUGAAGGGGUGGAGUUCAUUUUUGAGGCGACUCAAAAAUCGAGGAGAAUGGGGUUUGAAGGGGUGGAGUUCAUUUUUGAGGCGACUCAAAAAUCGAGGAGAAUGGGGUUUGAAGGGGUGGAGUUCAUUUUUGAGGCGACUCAAAAAUCGAGGAGAAUGGGGUUUGAAGGGGUGGAGUUCAUUUUUGAGGCGACUCAAAAAUCGAGGAGAAUGGGGUUUGAAGGGGUGGAGUUCAUUUUUGAGGCGACUCAAAAAUCGAGGAGAAUGGGGUUUGAAGGGGUGGAGUUCAUUUUUGAGGCGACUCAAAAAUCGAGGAGAAUGGGGUUUGAAGGGGUGGAGUUCAUUUUUGAGGCGACUCAAAAAUCGAGGAGAAUGGGGUUUGAAGGGGUGGAGUUCAUUUUUGAGGCGACUCAAAAAUCGAGGAGAAUGGGGUUUGAAGGGGUGGAGUUCAUUUUUGAGGCGACUCAAAAAUCGAGGAGAAUGGGGUUUGAAGGGGUGGAGUUCAUUUUUGAGGCGACUCAAAAAUCGAGGAGAAUGGGGUUUGAAGGGGUGGAGUUCAUUUUUGAGGCGACUCAAAAAUCGAGGAGAAUGGGGUUUGAAGGGGUGGAGUUCAUUUUUGAGGCGACUCAAAAAUCGAGGAGAAUGGGGUUUGAAGGGGUGGAGUUCAUUUUUGAGGCGACUCAAAAAUCGAGGAGAAUGGGGUUUGAAGGGGUGGAGUUCAUUUUUGAGGCGACUCAAAAAUCGAGGAGAAUGGGGUUUGAAGGGGUGGAGUUCAUUUUUGAGGCGACUCAAAAAUCGAGGAGAAUGGGGUUUGAAGGGGUGGAGUUCAUUUUUGAGUCGACUAAAAAAUCGAGGAGAAUGGGGUUUGAAGGGGUGGAGUUCAUUUUUGAGGCGACUCAAAAAUCGAGGAGAAUGGGGUUUGAAGGGGUGGAGUUCAUUUUUGAGGCGACUCAAAAAUCGAGGAGAAUGGGGUUUGAAGGGGUGGAGUUCAUUUUUGAGGCGACUCAAAAAUCGAGGAGAAUGGGGUUUGAAGGGGUGGAGUUCAUUUUUGAGGCGACUCAAAAAUCGAGGAGAAUGGGGUUUGAAGGGGUGGAGUUCAUUUUUGAGGCGACUCAAAAAUCGAGGAGAAUGGGGUUUGAAGGGGUGGAGUUCAUUUUUGAGGCGACUCAAAAAUCGAGGAGAAUGGGGUUUGAAGGGGUGGAGUUCAUUUUUGAGGCGACUCAAAAAUCGAGGAGAAUGGGGUUUGAAGGGGUGGAGUUCAUUUUUGAGGCGACUCAAAAAUCGAGGAGAAUGGGGUUUGAAGGGGUGGAGUUCAUUUUUGAGGCGACUCAAAAAUCGAGGAGAAUGGGGUUUGAAGGGGUGGAGUUCAUUUUUGAGGCGACUCAAAAAUCGAGGAGAAUGGGGUUUGAAGGGGUGGAGUUCAUUUUUGAGGCGACUCAAAAAUCGAGGAGAAUGGGGUUUGAAGGGGUGGAGUUCAUUUUUGAGGCGACUCAAAAAUCGAGGAGAAUGGGGUUUGAAGGGGUGGAGUUCAUUUUUGAGGCGACUCAAAAAUCGAGGAGAAUGGGGUUUGAAGGGGUGGAGUUCAUUUUUGAGGCGACUCAAAAAUCGAGGAGAAUGGGGUUUGAAGGGGUGGAGUUCAUUUUUGAGGCGACUCAAAAAUCGAGGAGAAUGGGGUUUGAAGGGGUGGAGUUCAUUUUUGAGGCGACUCAAAAAUCGAGGAGAAUGGGGUUUGAAGGGGUGGAGUUCAUUUUUGAGGCGACUCAAAAAUCGAGGAGAAUGGGGUUUGAAGGGGUGGAGUUCAUUUUUGAGGCGACUCAAAAAUCGAGGAGAAUGGGGUUUGAAGGGGUGGAGUUCAUUUUUGAGGCGACUCAAAAAUCGAGGAGAAUGGGGUUUGAAGGGGUGGAGUUCAUUUUUGAGGCGACUCAAAAAUCGAGGAGAAUGGGGUUUGAAGGGGUGGAGUUCAUUUUUGAGGCGACUCAAAAAUCGAGGAGAAUGGGGUUUGAAGGGGUGGAGUUCAUUUUUGAGGCGACUCAAAAAUCGAGGAGAAUGGGGUUUGAAGGGGUGGAGUUCAUUUUUGAGGCGACUCAAAAAUCGAGGAGAAUGGGGUUUGAAGGGGUGGAGUUCAUUUUUGAGGCGACUCAAAAAUCGAGGAGAAUGGGGUUUGAAGGGGUGGAGUUCAUUUUUGAGGCGACUCAAAAAUCGAGGAGAAUGGGGUUUGAAGGGGUGGAGUUCAUUUUUGAGGCGACUCAAAAAUCGAGGAGAAUGGGGUUUGAAGGGGUGGAGUUCAUUUUUGAGGCGACUCAAAAAUCGAGGAGAAUGGGGUUUGAAGGGGUGGAGUUCAUUUUUGAGGCGACUCAAAAAUCGAGGAGAAUGGGGUUUGAAGGGGUGGAGUUCAUUUUUGAGGCGACUCAAAAAUCGAGGAGAAUGGGGUUUGAAGGGGUGGAGUUCAUUUUUGAGGCGACUCAAAAAUCGAGGAGAAUGGGGUUUGAAGGGGUGGAGUUCAUUUUGAGGCGACUCAAAAAUCGAGGAGAAUGGGGGGUGGAGUUCAUUUUUGAGGCGACUCAAAAAUCGAGGAGAAUGGGGUUUGAAGGGGUGGAGUUCAUUUUUGAGGCGACUCAAAAAUCGAGGAGAAUGGGGUUUGAAGGGGUGGAGUUCAUUUUUGAGGCGACUCAAAAAUCGAGGAGAAUGGGGUUUGAAGGGGUGGAGUUCAUUUUUGAGGCGACUCAAAAAUCGAGGAGAAUGGGGUUUGAAGGGGUGGAGUUCAUUUUUGAGGCGACUCAAAAAUCGAGGAGAAUGGGGUUUGAAGGGGUGGAGUUCAUUUUUGAGGCGACUCAAAAAUCGAGGAGAAUGGGGUUUGAAGGGGUGGAGUUCAUUUUUGAGGCGACUCAAAAAUCGAGGAGAAUGGGGUUUGAAGGGGUGGAGUUCAUUUUUGAGGCGACUCAAAAAUCGAGGAGAAUGGGGUUUGAAGGGGUGGAGUUCAUUUUUGAGGCGACUCAAAAAUCGAGGAGAAUGGGGUUUGAAGGGGUGGAGUUCAUUUUUGAGGCGACUCAAAAAUCGAGGAGAAUGGGGUUUGAAGGGGUGGAGUUCAUUUUUGAGGCGACUCAAAAAUCGAGGAGAAUGGGGUUUGAAGGGGUGGAGUUCAUUUUUGAGGCGACUCAAAAAUCGAGGAGAAUGGGGUUUGAAGGGGUGGAGUUCAUUUUUGAGGCGACUCAAAAAUCGAGGAGAAUGGGGUUUGAAGGGGUGGAGUUCAUUUUUGAGGCGACUCAAAAAUCGAGGAGAAUGGGGUUUGAAGGGGUGGAGUUCAUUUUUGAGGCGACUCAAAAAUCGAGGAGAAUGGGGUUUGAAGGGGUGGAGUUCAUUUUUGAGGCGACUCAAAAAUCGAGGAGAAUGGGGUUUCGAAGGGGGGUGGAGUUCAUUUUUGAGGCGACUCAAAAAUCGAGGAGAAUGGGGUUUGAAGGGGUGGAGUUCAUUUUUGAGGCGACUCAAAAAUCGAGGAGAAUGGGGUUUGAAGGGGUGGAGUUCAUUUUUGAGGCGACUCAAAAAUCGAGGAGAAUGGGGUUUGAAGGGGUGGAGUUCAUUUUUGAGGCGACUCAAAAAUCGAGGAGAAUGGGGUUUGAAGGGGUGGAGUUCAUUUUUGAGGCGACUCAAAAAUCGAGGAGAAUGGGGUUUGAAGGGGUGGAGUUCAUUUUUGAGGCGACUCAAAAAUCGAGGAGAAUGGGGUUUGAAGGGGUGGAGUUCAUUUUUGAGGCGACUCAAAAAUCGAGGAGAAUGGGGUUUGAAGGGGUGGAGUUCAUUUUUGAGGCGACUCAAAAAUCGAGGAGAAUGGGGUUUGAAGGGGUGGAGUUCAUUUUUGAGGCGACUCAAAAAUCGAGGAGAAUGGGGUUUGAAGGGGUGGAGUUCAUUUUUGAGGCGACUCAAAAAUCGAGGAGAAUGGGGUUUGAAGGGGUGGAGUUCAUUUUUGAGGCGACUCAAAAAUCGAGGAGAAUGGGGUUUGAAGGGGUGGAGUUCAUUUUUGAGGCGACUCAAAAAUCGAGGAGAAUGGGGUUUGAAGGGGUGGAGUUCAUUUUUGAGGCGACUCAAAAAUCGAGGAGAAUGGGGUUUGAAGGGGUGGAGUUCAUUUUUGAGGCGACUCAAAAAUCGAGGAGAAUGGGGUUUGAAGGGGUGGAGUUCAUUUUUGAGUCGACUCAAAAAUCGAGGAGAAUGGGGUUUGAAGGGGUGGAGUUCAUUUUUGAGGCGACUCAAAAAUCGAGGAGAAUGGGGUUUGAAGGGGUGGAGUUCAUUUUUGAGGCGACUCAAAAAUCGAGGAGAAUGGGGUUUGAAGGGGUGGAGUUCAUUUUUGAGGCGACUCAAAAAUCGAGGAGAAUGGGGUUUCGAAGGGGGGUGGAGUUCAUUUUUGAGUCGACUCAAAAAUCGAGGAGAAUGGGGUUUGAAGGGGUGGAGUUCAUUUUUGAGGCGACUCAAAAAUCGAGGAGAAUGGGGUUUGAAGGGGUGGAGUUCAUUUUUGAGGCGACUCAAAAAUCGAGGAGAAUGGGGUUUGAAGGGGUGGAGUUCAUUUUUGAGGCGACUCAAAAAUCGAGGAGAAUGGGGUUUGAAGGGGUGGAGUUCAUUUUUGAGGCGACUCAAAAAUCGAGGAGAAUGGGGUUUGAAGGGGUGGAGUUCAUUUUUGAGGCGACUCAAAAAUCGAGGAGAAUGGGGUUUGAAGGGGUGGAGUUCAUUUUUGAGGCGACUCAAAAAUCGAGGAGAAUGGGGUUUGAAGGGGUGGAGUUCAUUUUUGAGGCGACUCAAAAAUCGAGGAGAAUGGGGUUUGAAGGGGUGGAGUUCAUUUUUGAGGCGACUCAAAAAUCGAGGAGAAUGGGGUUUGAAGGGGAGAAUGGGGUUGAAGGGGUGGAGUUCAUUUUUGAGGCGACUCAAAAAUCGAGGAGAAUGGGGUUUGAAGGGGUGGAGUUCAUUUUUGAGGCGACUCAAAAAUCGAGGAGAAUGGGGUUUGAAGGGGUGGAGUUCAUUUUUGAGGCGACUCAAAAAUCGAGGAGAAUGGGGUUUGAAGGGGUGGAGUUCAUUUUUGAGGCGACUCAAAAAUCGAGGAGAAUGGGGUUUGAAGGGGUGGAGUUCAUUUUUGAGGCGACUCAAAAAUCGAGGAGAAUGGGGUUCGAAGGGGUGGAGUUCAUUUUUGAGGCGACUCAAAAAUCGAGGAGAAUGGGGUUUGAAGGGGUGGAGUUCAUUUUUGAGGCGACUCAAAAAUCGAGGAGAAUGGGGUUUGAAGGGGUGGAGUUCAUUUUUGAGGCGACUCAAAAAUCGAGGAGAAUGGGGUUUGAAGGGGUGGAGUUCAUUUUUGAGGCGACUCAAAAAUCGAGGAGAAUGGGGUUUGAAGGGGUGGAGUUCAUUUUUGAGGCGACUCAAAAAUCGAGGAGAAUGGGGUUUGAAGGGGUGGAGUUCAUUUUUGAGGCGACUCAAAAAUCGAGGAGAAUGGGGUUUGAAGGGGUGGAGUUCAUUUUUGAGGCGACUCAAAAAUCGAGGAGAAUGGGGUUUGAAGGGGUGGAGUUCAUUUUUGAGGCGACUCAAAAAUCGAGGAGAAUGGGGUUUGAAGGGGUGGAGUUCAUUUUUGAGGCGACUCAAAAAUCGAGGAGAAUGGGGUUUGAAGGGGUGGAGUUCAUUUUUGAGGCGACUCAAAAAUCGAGGAGAAUGGGGUUUGAAGGGGUGGAGUUCAUUUUUGAGGCGACUCAAAAAUCGAGGAGAAUGGGGUUUGAAGGGGUGGAGUUCAUUUUUGAGGCGACUCAAAAAUCGAGGAGAAUGGGGUUUGAAGGGGUGGAGUUCAUUUUUGAGGCGACUCAAAAAUCGAGGAGAAUGGGGUUUGAAGGGGUGGAGUUCAUUUUUGAGGCGACUCAAAAAUCGAGGAGAAUGGGGUUUGAAGGGGUGGAGUUCAUUUUUGAGGCGACUCAAAAAUCGAGGAGAAUGGGGUUUGAAGGGGUGGAGUUCAUUUUUGAGGCGACUCAAAAAUCGAGGAGAAUGGGGUUUGAAGGGGUGGAGUUCAUUUUUGAGGCGACUAAAAAAUCGAGGAGAAUGGGGGUGGAGUUCAUUUUUGAGGCGACUCAAAAAUCGAGGAGAAUGGGGUUUGAAGGGGUGGAGUUCAUUUUUGAGGCGACUCAAAAAUCGAGGAGAAUGGGGUUUGAAGGGGUGGAGUUCAUUUUUGAGGCGACUCAAAAAUCGAGGAGAAUGGGGUUUGAAGGGGUGGAGUUCAUUUUUGAGGCGACUCAAAAAUCGAGGAGAAUGGGGUUUGAAGGGGUGGAGUUCAUUUUUGAGGCGACUAAAAAAUCGAGGAGAAUGGGGUUUGAAGGGGUGGAGUUCAUUUUUGAGGCGACUCAAAAAUCGAGGAGAAUGGGGUUUGAAGGGGUGGAGUUCAUUUUUGAGGCGACUCAAAAAUCGAGGAGAAUGGGGUUUGAAGGGGUGGAGUUCAUUUUUGAGGCGACUCAAAAAUCGAGGAGAAUGGGGUUUCGAAGGGGGGUGGAGUUCAUUUUUGAGGCGACUCAAAAAUCGAGGAGAAUGGGGUUUGAAGGGGUGGAGUUCAUUUUUGAGGCGACUCAAAAAUCGAGGAGAAUGGGGUUUGAAGGGGUGGAGUUCAUUUUUGAGGCGACUCAAAAAUCGAGGAGAAUGGGGUUUGAAGGGGUGGAGUUCAUUUUUGAGGCGACUCAAAAAUCGAGGAGAAUGGGGUUUGAAGGGGUGGAGUUCAUUUUUGAGGCGACUCAAAAAUCGAGGAGAAUGGGGUUUGAAGGGGUGGAGUUCAUUUUUGAGGCGACUCAAAAAUCGAGGAGAAUGGGGUUUGAAGGGGUGGAGUUCAUUUUUGAGGCGACUCAAAAAUCGAGGAGAAUGGGGUUUGAAGGGGUGGAGUUCAUUUUUGAGGCGACUCAAAAAUCGAGGAGAAUGGGGUUUGAAGGGGUGGAGUUCAUUUUUGAGGCGACUCAAAAAUCGAGGAGAAUGGGGUUUGAAGGGGUGGAGUUCAUUUUUGAGGCGACUCAAAAAUCGAGGAGAAUGGGGUUUGAAGGGGUGGAGUUCAUUUUUGAGGCGACUCAAAAAUCGAGGAGAAUGGGGUUUGAAGGGGUGGAGUUCAUUUUUGAGGCGACUCAAAAAUCGAGGAGAAUGGGGUUUGAAGGGGUGGAGUUCAUUUUUGAGGCGACUCAAAAAUCGAGGAGAAUGGGGUUUGAAGGGGUGGAGUUCAUUUUUGAGGCGACUCAAAAAUCGAGGAGAAUGGGGUUUGAAGGGGUGGAGUUCAUUUUUGAGGCGACUCAAAAAUCGAGGAGAAUGGGGUUUGAAGGGGUGGAGUUCAUUUUUGAGGCGACUAAAAAAUCGAGGAGAAUGGGGUUUGAAGGGGUGGAGUUCAUUUUUGAGUCGACUCAAAAAUCGAGGAGAAUGGGGUUGAAGGGGUGGAGUUCAUUUUUUGAGGCGAUCUCACAAAAUCGA